AUGGCCGACACGUCCGCUGUCGCGCCUGCGCAAGCUCCUGCAACCUCCGCCGUCGACAACACUGCGAUGCACACCACCGAUUCUGAAAAGAGUGACUUGGCCGAUACACUGUCCGCCAAACGAAAGCGCAUCGACGACGACACCACGCUGCCAGCGACGACAUCAGCACUUGACGAGAGUGGACCUCUCUCCGCGCAAAAUCAAUCUGAUAUCUUCGCGCUCCUCAACACAAACGAUGCGGUUUCACCAUUCCUCAAUUAUUCCACAUCGGACUCGGUGGAGCCAUUACAAAAGAAGCUGAAGGACCAACAAGAUGCAGAUAAAGAUCAAACAAUUGCAGCGUCGAAAACCAUUGCGACCAAAUUAAACAAUGCUGAGUACGCCUCGCUCGUUCAGUUGCGCGAGGAUGUUGCACGCGUGGGACGCAAAUGGAUCGCGAGCAUCCAGUUCAAGGAGAGCGACGACCCGACAGUCCCUGCUCGGCCGACAAUCGAGGAUCUUAAGCGGAUCAACCAUAUUCGAUCUAUGGAAGCCAAGAUUCGGCAAGUGGUAGAACAGGAGAUACAGUACGCUACCUUGAGAGAAGGCAGGAAAAGCAGCACCACAGGUACGGAAAGGCUUGUCGGGGAUGGUUCGGUCUCCAACGGAACAAGCGCAAUCUUGACACUUUUUGGAAACGCGCCUACUCCAAGACAGCUGUUUUCAUCGGCGCAGAUUACCGCUUCCGACAAUGCAAUCAAAUCGAAGUUGCCCGUCGAAGAGCUUAACCUCCCUCCUGGCAUUUCCGCUACAAAGGUCCUCUCUGGGCCUGUCGAAGAGACCAAGAAGCGCACCUUUGGCGAAGCGUUUGCACCUCCACUUGCUCUUACGGCCCUUCCUCUGCCAAAGGCUCUAAAACGCCCAGCAGCUCGCGACAACACGAUCGUGUGGGAGUUCAAAGAUCCCGUGCAGCGGAAUAAGAAAGGUGGAUACACUGUGCAGAGCCUAUCGACCAGCACUUGGUUAUCCUAUGGCAGUGAAGGAGUAGGAGUUGAUGCAAAGAGUCCGCGAGAGAGAAGAAAACAGAGGGACCGCGCAUUGAGUGGAGGAGAGGCAAUCUCAACUGCGACGUCUAACGCGGCAUUGCUCGAGGCGCUCGCCAAGGAAGAAAAGGCGCUGUUUGCGCGAGCAUACUCCAGCUUUGCGCCAUCAUGCGACAACUCCAAAGCAUUGGUAGCGGAAGAGACGAAGGACAUGGUCUGGUGGCAGAAUGUUGGGAAUCAGCGAUACAGUAACAGCGCGUUCGCAUUGGACCCAGCAUUAGAGGAUGUAUUCAUCGAAUCAGGCUCAGAGGAGACGGGCGAGGUCUUGACCAUCGAACAACAACCCGAAGCUUUCACCAGGAUUAUCAAGGAGCUAGAAGAGUAUGAGCAAGAUCUCUCAAGCGCAACUCCGUUGAAGUCAAGAACAGAUGUCGAUCAAGUCCUUGGAGAGAUCUCCGAAUUGAUCAGCACAUUGGCAUCACAUCGACGAAUUCGUAGUGCAAUCAUCCCAACACCAUCCUCACUGCCUCGAGCUCCGAUUAUCAGCCCAUCGCCAGCUGUGGCUGCGGCUACCAAGCCGGACGUGCCAAGUGAGAGCGAAAUCGAGACGUAUCUUCGUCUGCAGCGAGAAUUGAGCUAUCUGAUCUUGAAGCUUCCUCCUUAUAUCGUGGCGAAGAUUGACGGUGAUCAGCUUGCCGAACUAGGCAUCAGCGGCGUGAUUCCCUUUGAGACAAGGGACAUCAGGGGAACGAUGGAGGAAGACCAAGUAUUUCGUCAAGCGAAGCUGGCCGCAAUGAGCGCAGCGACCAAUGGAACGACCGCCUCUACACGACCCAGCUCUUCCACCUCACAGCAUUACAGCACUACUGCGCAACAUACGCCCGCUAUUGGCCAAGCUGCCAAUACUCGAUACGGACAACAAGUGCACUCGAGAACUCCCAGCGCCGCAGCGCCGCAAUAUGCAAGGACGCCAAGCGGAGGUAAUCAAUCAUACAGCACGCCUACUAAUGCCCGCCGACUCCCUGGCUGGCAGCAGCCGCAACAGCCAUCGGCCGGUCAGAAUCCUUCGGGUCCCGUUCGACCCGGAGCCGGCAUCACCAAUCCCAACUAUGCCAAUGGGCAGAUACAGCAGCCGUCAUACUACCAACAACGCGCGACCCAUCAAACCACUCCGGCCAAUUACGGGGGAGGAUACAAGUCCUAUCAACAACAGGUGCCUACGCCACAACAGCAGCAGCAGCAUCCACGAGCGAACAACUAUCCGCCCCAAGCUCAACAACAGCAAUACAACCCUCGCGCCGCACCUGUCCCCCCGGGGACGACCAUGGUCAACCCCGUCGCUGCGUCCGCCAAUUACUCCGCUUCCCCUGCUCCACCAGCCAUGUACAAUACUCCAAACACGGCUUCUACUGGACCAUCAACAAACCAACAUCCCAGCUAUGUCGUCCCACAAUCGCAGCAGCAGCAGCAAAUCCCUCCUCGCAACCCCACCUCAACGACGGGGAUAACUCCGACUCCCUCUGCCGCGACCACAGCCGGUACACCAAUGACGAAUCCCCCGCACCCGGGAUAUCCCCAGCAACAGCAGCAGCAACAGCAGCAACCCGCCAAUGGCUUCCAGCAACAACAGGCUCAACCACAACAACCUCCAUCAUCCUCGACAAUCCCCGCCUCAGCAGCCACCGCGCCGAUUCCCACCGCCAACGGCCCGACGCCUCCCGCUCCAGCCCAACCUACCGCCGCGCCACCAGCAGAGGCAACCCAAAGCGGCAGCGCACCGGCCCCUGCGUCCGCCCCACAAGCGUCAUGA